GUAGGUGAAACCUUGAAGAAAAAGUGGCUCUGUCUUCAAAAAAGUGACCUGACCUUUGCUUUGGGGAAAGGCUCUAGGGCGGCAGAUAAGGCUGUUGCCAUGGUGAUGAAGGAGAUUCCGAGGGAGGAGUCUGCAGAAGAAAAGCCCCUCCUUACUAUGACAUCACAGCUGGUGAACGAGCAACAAGAAAGCAGACCCCUUCUGAGCCCCUCCAUUGAUGACUUUCUCUGUGAAACUAAACCAGAAGCUGUUGCAAGGCCUGUAACAUCAAACACUGCAGUAUUAUCAACAGGUCUGGAUCUCUUGGAUCUUAGUGAACCUGUCUUACAAACCCCAAACAAAGCAAAGAAAUCAGAGAAUCCAUCAAGAAGUGAAGGCUUAAAAGCUUCAACCCACAGAAAGAAGACAGACAAUUCUGACCUUAUCAGUGUGGAUACUGAGCAGAAAGUCCAGACUGUCAGAGUUUCAGACAAGUCUUCACUAGAUUUAGUUGAUAUUCAGACACAGCUAGAGAAAUGGGAUGAUGUCAAUUUUCAUGGAGACAGGAGUAGCAAGGUCCACCCUUCUGCAGAGCGACCAUCAUCAUCAUCCAGAGCUCCUUCAAAAGAGCUUUUAUGGUCUACAGAAAACAGAUCACAGUCUGAGCUGACUAACGUCAAGAGUGCCUUGGACUCUGAUUCAACGUCAGAAUUAGAACUUGCACCUGCAACACAGGCACGAUCAACUAAGGAGCAGCGUUGGGGAGGGCCUCUUCUCUCCAGAAAUCACUCCUUGGAGGAGGAAUUUGAAAGAGCAAAGGCAGCUGUUGAGUCAGACACAGAGUUUUGGGAUAAAAUGCAAGCAGAAUGGGAAGAAAUGGCUCGCAGAAACUGGAUUUCAGAGAACCAGGAAGCACCAGGGCAAGUCACCAUCUCAACCAUUGAGAAGGGUUAUUAUUUCCAUACUGAGAAUCCCUUCAAAGACUGGCCUGGUGCUUUUGAGGAAGGACUGAAAAAAAUGAAAGAAGGUGACCUGCCAGUUACAAUCUUAUACCUGGAGGCUGCUAUUCUACAAGAACCCAAUGAUGCAGAGGCCUGGCAGUUCCUGGGUAUAACACAGGCAGAGAAUGAAAAUGAGCAAGCAGCCAUUGUCGCCCUCCAAAGGUGCUUGGAACUACAGCCAAACAACCUAAAAGCACUGAUGGCGCUGGCUGUAAGUUAUACUAACACUGGCCAUCAACAAGAAGCCUAUCAAGCUCUAAGAAACUGGAUAAAGCAAAAUCCAAAAUACAAGUAUAUAGUAAAAAGCAAAAAAGGGUCCCCGGCACUUACCAGAAGAAUGUCCAAGACAUCAGAUGAAAGCUCAUUACUUGAAGAAGUAAAGGAUUUGUACCUGGAGGCCGCUCACCAGAAUGGUGAUAUGAUAGACCCUGACUUGCAGACGGGACUUGGAGUUCUUUUCCACCUGAAUGGAGAAUUUAACAGAGCAAUAGAUGCAUUUAGUGCUGCUUUAACUGUUCGGCCAGAGGACUAUACAUUAUGGAACCGUCUUGGAGCAACCUUAGCAAAUGGGGAUCGAAGCGAAGAAGCUGUCGAGGCCUACACACGUGCUUUAGAAAUACAACCUGGCUUCAUUAGGUCCAGAUACAAUUUAGGGAUAAGCUGCAUAAACCUAGGGGCAUACAGAGAGGCUGUCAGCAAUUUUCUCACUGCUCUCAGUUUGCAAAGAAAGAGCAGGAAUCAACAACAGGUUCCCCAUCCUGCUCUAUCAGGCAAUAUCUGGGCAGCACUUCGAAUUGCUCUGUCUAUGAUGGACCAGCCAGAACUAUUUCAAGCUGCCAAUGUGGGUGAUCUAGACAUUCUGUUAAGAGCUUUUAAUCUAGAGCCGUAA